ACGUGCCGAUCAUGGUUACAGCGUACUUGCGUCCAUCCGGUUAUCGGUGUCCUAUGCGAAUGCUGGAGAGCUAUGGCGGCGUGCCGGGGAUCCUCGUCGAAAUGGUUUUUCACCCGGGAGCAACUCGAAGCCACGCCGUCCCGCCGUACGGGAGUGGAGCCGGAUAGAGAGCUUUCUUACCGACAGCAGGCGGCAAACCUCAUUCAAGAUAUGGGCCAGCGACUCAACGUCUCACAACUUACUAUAAAUACAGCAAUUGUUUACAUGCAUAGAUUUUAUAUGUACCACUCUUUCACCAAAUUCCACAGAAAUAUCAUUUCUCCAACCACAUUAUUCCUAGCUGCAAAAGUUGAAGAGCAACCUCGGAAACUGGAGCAUGUCAUUAAGGUUUCACAUGCUUGUCUAAACCCUCAAGAGGCCCCGCUUGAUACGAAGAGUAAUGCAUACCUCCAGCAAGCUCAAGAGCUGGUGAUACUUGAAACCAUAGUGCUGCAGACUUUAGGAUUUGAAAUAACAAUUGAACAUCCACACACUGAUGUUGUGAAAUGUUCCCAGCUAGUGAGAGCAAGCAAGGAUCUGGCACAGACUUCCUAUUUCAUGGCUACCAACAGCCUCCACCUCACCACGUUCUGCUUGCAGCACAAGCCCACAGUCAUCGCCUGCGUCUGCAUCCACCUGGCCUGUAAAUGGUCCAACUGGGAGAUCCCUGUCUCCACUGAUGGGAAACACUGGUGGGAGUACGUGGACAACUCUGUCACGCUGGAGCUUCUUGAUGAACUGACACACGACUUCCUUCAGAUUCUGGAGAAGACGCCGAGCAGGUUGAAGAGGAUACGGAACUGGAGGGCCACACAAGCUGCCAAGAAGCCCAAGGGAGAUGGCUCUCAGGCGAACGACCCCUACCCAGGACCCUCCCUGGUCCACGAACAUUCCCUGGGAGACGGCAUACCUGGGGUCUCCAACUCAGCCUUCUCCAAAGCCGCCGCCUCGUUCCCUGUCCCACUGCCGGGUCAUGCCAGUGGACCCCUCUCCCUGGACUCCAUCGCCUCCAUGCAGGGCAGCUCCUACACCUUCACCGCCCCCAGCGACUGGCCCCAGGACACAGGGGGUCGCUCGGAGGGAGGAGGCUAUUCCCUCAAAACAGAUACACUAGGCCUCCAGCAGGGGGCUUCACUGUCUCUGCAGCACGGCUCUCUGAACCCACACAGACCAGAUAAGACCAUGGAGUUCAACCCUAUUAAACAUGAACACAAGGCUGUAGUGGGAGGGGGGAAGCAACAGCAGCCUCCGCCUGCCCAGAAAAUGUCCCUGGACAAGUACAGAGAGAAGCACGCUGCUGAGCUGGCUGUGCAGCAGAAACGCAAACAGACAGAGCAGCAGGCUAUGGAGCCUGAGGGCAGGGAUGCCUAUAUACCCUCUGUCCAGUCAGACCACAGGAAACACAUGCAACCCCACCCUAACCCAGGGAGCAGCAGCGGCACCACUGCAUCUCCUCUUAAAAUGAAGCUGGCCAUUCCAGGCCAGGACAGGCUCCCCUCUGACAAACAGGACAAGGGGGGCUCACUCAAACUCCGCCUCCCAGUUCCUUCUCAGGGGGGCAUUGCUAGCAAAGAGGAGCUGAAGAUGAAAAUCAAGGUGUCCUCUGAGCGCCACAGCUCUUCUGAUGAGGGUGGGCCCAAGAGCAAACAUUCCAGCCCGCUGGUGAGCAAGGAGAAGCAUCGGGACCACUCUGCCCACCGCCAAAACAAGCAGCACGGACACUCUCAGCUCCACCCAGCACAGCACAGCGGCAAUGGCCGGGGGGGCCUCGAGUGGCCAGCAGGUGUCGGGCCGGCCCUCCUCCGGAGCCCCCUGGGGCUAGGGAGCGUUGAGGGGUUGGCGGGCCCGGCCCUUGCUUCUGUUUCCAGUUCCUCCCGCAAGAGGGCACACCCCAACGUUGCCGGCCACAACCACCACUCCAAAACGAGCAAAAGCUCCAAGGGCGGCGCAGGUGGGCUACGGACAUCUCAGCACCCUAGUGAAACUGGACAAGAAGCCAGUGGAGAGCCGCGGCCCUGAGGUCGCCGGCUGGGGUACUGCCAGCACCAAACAGACACUUUUGACAUGCUCCCAUUUCCUGUUAAGUGCCCAAGGAAUAAACUCACAAACCCUUUA